GGUGCAGGUAAUCAUGUUUUUAUGAAAUAUAUUGUUUGGUCCUUUAGCUCAUCCUCAUACAGUGCUAGAAGCAAGGUCUGAAGUAAUAAGUAGAUUUGAGAUCAAAUGUUAUAUUUCAACCUCUCUUGACAUCAGAAUGCUUUGUGAUGGUGUACUUGUGUCUGCUACUUGUAUUGCUGACGAUUUGUUUGCUGAUGCACACAAGCGAAAAACAUGCGGUAGUUUCCUCCAUUUGGUAUUCAGUCUGCAUAUUCUUGUUUUGUCCGACAGAUGGCAAUAUAUCACCAUUGAUAAGCAGUUGAGGAAAACAUUUAUAUAGAACUUAGAUGCUACAUUUGGGAAGUAUUUUUCAACAGCCUUGGGACCAUCGACAAUAGUUUCUUUGGAACUCAACGAUAUAUAACACACAGUCACAAACCACAUACGAAGAAAAUCUGCAGAAAAUGAAGACUUGACGGUCCCGCGCGGGGCAUCAUGGGAAAUGUUUUUCGCCAUAAACCUUUAGGAUUGGUCUAAAUUAUUCCGACGACCUUUGACUCAACACGUGAUUUAAAAACUUUCAGGCUGGCGCGCGGAAAUAUGUCAAACCAGUUUUAGGUUGUGCGUGCUUUGUGUUCGUGUCUGAAUUAUUUUGAAGGCUGAUAUUUGUAUUCUCUUCAGACGUGCGCUAUAACGGAAUACUUCACCUAACAUAGUGACCAGGCAAGUCAAGAAUCCCGGUAGCAAGAUACCCACUAUGAUGAGGAUUAUAAUGUUCCCAUUAUGAGUGUGUUGGAAGUCAGGUUUGUGGGAGAUGGAGAUGCACUCGAACACAUUGUGGACAAACAAGAAGGCCUGCGGACCAACAACAGUGUGCAGAGGCUGGUCGCUCUGAAGAGGACAGCAGAAAGGAACGGUCGAGUGGAAGAUGAUGAUGAUGAUGAUGAUGAGGUGCUCAGUGAGCAACACUAUGUCCAGGCCCUCGGCACAGAUGAAACAGAGGGAGAGGAGUGUGUGUCGGCUGUAGGAGGUGCAUCUGUAUUCACCUUCCAGAAGGUCAAACGCUCCAACAGGAUGGCCCUGACUGCAUCAGAGCUGGCUCGGACUCCAGCGAGAAGUGUGAGCUUCAGUACGAACCCCGACACGGACAACGACGACAGGAAACAUAACAGAAGUAACAACAGGACUCCUAAGAAGGGAAAGAAGAGGCAGUUUGUUUCCACGACACCCCACAGGCUCAGCAAGAGACUGUCAGCUCCCAGCCUGAGGUCCGACAGUGACAGUGAGCUGUCUCCCUCGGACUCUGAGGAGGAUGAAGAGGAGAAACAUGAUGAUGAGAGUGUGAAACAGGCCAGGACUCCCAGUAAGACAACUGCCACCGCUCUUUAUAAAACACCUGCCAAGAAGAACAAGGCCGGCCCUGAACCACCCCCCCAGGCUAGUCUAGUGGAAGAGUAUUUUGAGGCUCACUGCAGUUCUAAAGUCCUCACCUCAGACCGCACCCUGCAGCGUUUACACACACCUAAACUAGACCGGGACACAUUGUUCCGUCUGCUGGAAGAGAAGCCGUCCUGUUAUUCUUCAGAGAUUGAGGUGCUCCACUCCAGUUACCAUGAACACUUCAGCAAGUGGAUGCUGCAGUUACGGCUAGGCUACAGUGUUUUGCUGUAUGGGCUGGGCAGUAAAAAGGCCUUACUGGAGGAGUUCAGAGUGUCGAUGCUCUGUCAGGAGACACACCUGGUGGUCAACGGAUUCUUCCCUUCAAUCACCCUCAAAUCGAUCCUGACUGCUCUAUCAGCUGAGGUUCUAGAAUACCAGGGAACAUUCCGGAACCCUGCUGACCAGCUACAGUACAUCACCACCACCCUCAGAGAACAGCCUGACCUCCAUGUGUACCUGUUGAUCCACAACAUUGAUGGUCCCAUGUUGCGUGGAGAAAAGACCCAGAAUGCACUGGGCCAACUGGCCUCUCUACCCAACUUGCACCUUGUCGCAUCCAUCGACCACAUAAACGCACCACUAGUGUGGGACCAGAGUCUUCUGAGCCAGUUUAACUGGUUGUGGUGGGAGUGUGUCUGUUUCCAGCGUUACAUUGAGGAGACGUCCUAUGAGAACUCUCUCCUGGUUCAACAGACUGGAGCCCUGGCUCUCUCCUCCCUCACUCACGUCCUACGCAGCCUCACGGCUAAUGCCAGGGGGAUCUUUAAGCUGCUGGUGGAGUUCCAACUAGAGAACCGAGACAACCCAUCAUACACAGGCCUGUCCUUCCAGGAGUUCUACCAGCGCUGUCGUGAGGCCUUCCUUGUGAACUCUGACCUCACCCUCCGGACCCAGCUCACAGAGUUCAGAGAUCACAAACUGAUCCGCACGCGUAAGGGUGCCGAUGGAGUGGAGUACUUGCUAGUUGCUGUGGAGACCAGCACAUUGACUGACUUCCUAGAGAAGGAGGAAGUGGAGUGAGGAGCGAGCAAGGCGAGGACAUGGACGAUGUGGCUGACAGCCCUGGGACAGAGUUCCGUAAUGUAAUCUGAUCCAUAAGGCGGGAUCUGAUCCUGGAUUGACAGUCUUAAUCUGAGACUACAAUGUGAAUGCAGGCCCAGGUCUGUCCAUCCUGGAAUACGGGUUCCAUUCUUACUAGAGCUGUAUAACUUCAGUGAUACAAGCCCUGAUCAUUGGUGUUCGCAAAUUAGAGAGACCGGUCAGCUACAUCAGGGACCAGUGUUUGAGUCAUCUGCAGCCACCAUGCUGCUCUCAUCUGUCCGGUUUGUCCCCCAGGAAGUGCACUGGCUGUGGCAACAGUGAUCUCAAUAACCACCUCUGUAAAAGCCCCUCUGUAGUGUAAAUGCUGCAUUCACACUGGCAGCCCAAUUUAGAUAUUUUCUGAUCCAUUGUCUGAUUGGCCAAAAUAUCAAAUACAAGAGAAAAUAUCAGAAUUACACUGCUUGUUAAAAUGUUGCUGAAUGUAAUUUAGUGACAUAACACA